AUGGCUUCCAUUUCAGCUCUUGGAUCCCUUCUUUUCCGUCCUCCAACUUCAUUUCCGACAGUGCUGAUAUCGUCCAUUGGAGUACUAGCUGGAGCCUUGUGCAAUUCUCCAAUGAAUGGAGUAGCUGCUGCGGCUGAAUUUGAUAUGCCAGCACUUAGGGGGAAGGAUUAUGGCAAGACGAAGAUGCGGUAUCCUGACUAUACAGAAACAGACUCAGGUCUUCAAUAUAAGGACUUGCGACUAGGAAGUGGACCUACACCAAAGAUGGGAGAGACAGUUGUGGUUGAUUGGGAUGGUUACACCAUAGGAUACUAUGGCCGCAUAUUUGAAGCUCGAAACAAAACUAAGGGUGGCUCCUUUGUGGGAGAUGACAAGGACUUUUUCAAAUUUAGGCUUGGAUCUCAAGAGGUAAUUCCGGCUUUUGAGGAAGCAGUUUCAGGCAUGGCUCUUGGUGGCGUUAGAAGGAUCAUAGUGCCCCCAGAACUGGGAUAUCCUGAGAAUGACUACAACAAAAGUGGCCCAAGACCAACUACAUUUUCAGGCCAACGAGCUUUGGAUUUUGUGCUGAGGAACCAAGGGCUGAUAGACAAGACUCUGCUGUUUGAUAUCGAGCUGCUCAAAAUCAUACCAAACAAAUAGUUUGUUUACUUCCGCAUGCUUCAUUGGCACUAUCUGAAAAAUCAAGAUAGCUGGAAGAUGAUUACAAACCAAGGGAGCCAUUUUUGAAACAUCUUCAUUUUAGAAAAGUAGCACUGUUUCAUCAUAAUUUUCGAUCAAUUUUAGAGAUGAAAUAUCAUCAUAAUAUGUGGCGUUUUCGACUGCCAGAAUACGAAAAUUUAAACAACCUGCCUUUUGUCAAAAUUUUGAUGUAUCUGUUCUUCAACUUACUGCUAUCAUUCACUGUAUCCUAAAAGCUCAGCUUGCAUUUUA